AUGACUAAAUCGUUCAGACCCAAGAACCUGCUUCGUAGACUAAAUCGUUCACUUCAGUGUCUCAUACUAGACAAUUGGCAGCGUGGUUGGAUUUUAUUACUGUGGAUUGUUGCCUGCAUGGCUUCACUUUUUGCCUGGAAAUUCUACCAAUACAGAAACAAAGCAGCAUUUGAAGUCAUCGGCUAUUGCUUGCCAGUAGCCAAAGGAGCUGCAGAAACUUUGAAGCUUAACAUGGCCCUCAUCCUUUUACCUGUUUGUCGUAACACACUGACAUGGCUUCGAUCAACACAAGCUAGGUCCUUCAUUCCCUUUGAUGACAACAUUAAUUUCCACAUGAUGAUUGCAUUUGCUAUAGCAAUUGGAAUAAUUGUUCAUGCUGGGAACCAUGUGGCAUGUGACUUUCCUCGUCUAGUAAACUCAUCUGCGGAAGAAUUUGAGCCAAUAUCCUCUGAUUUCCAUGGCAAAAACCCGACGUACAAAUUCUUAUUCACUGGACCAGAAGGCUUGACUGGAAUUCUGAUGGUGAUUUUUAUGGCCAUCUCAUUCACGCUAGCAGCGAGUCACUUUCGAAGGAACAUGGUGAGGCUUCCUGCCCCCUUGAACAAACUGACUGGGUUUAAUGCGUUCUGGUAUUCUCAUCAUCUGCUAGGUCUGGUCUACGUUUUGCUACUCAUCCAUGGAAGCUGUUUGUACUUUGUCCACGAGUGGUAUCAGAAAACGACAUGGAUGUACAUCUCUGUUCCAUUUCUGCUGUAUGUAGCAGAGCGCAGUAUCCGAACAUGUAGAUCAAAACACUAUUCAGGUAAGAUACUAAAGGCUACAAUCUUACCCGGAAAUGUUAUCAGCUUAAUCAUGUCCAAGCCACCUGGAUUUAAGUACAGAAGUGGGCAAUGCAUAUUUCUACAAUGCCCAACAAUCUCCCCAUUUGAAUGGCACCCAUUUUCCAUCACCUCGGCACCUGGGGAUGAGCAUCUGAGUGUUCAUAUCCGAACAGUUGGAGACUGGACGCAAGAAUUGAAGCAAGCCAUUUCUGAGGGAGAUCAUUCAUUAUCCUUGGUUCAUCAAACAUUCAAUCUAGUACAACCCAAAUUGUUUUUUGAUGGUCCAUAUAGUGAUAUGGGCCAAUGGCACAGGUACGGCAACUAUGAUGUCGUACUCCUUGUGGGUCUUGGCAUUGGAGCUACCCCUUUUGUAAGCAUCCUUAAAGAUCUUCUUAACACAAUUAUAUGCAUUUAUUCAAAUACAGAAACUAGUACACCAUCAGGCAGCCUAAAUAGUUUUACAUCAUCAUGUUUGACACCCAAUGACAAGAAGAAAUCACAGAGGACUACAAAUGCUCAUUUCUAUUGGGUACCUGGCUCUUUUGAGUGGUUUAAAGGAGUCAUGGAUGAAGUGGCAGAAAUGGAUCUCAAAGGUCAGAUUGAACUUCACAACUACCUUACGAGUGUCUACGAAGAGGGUGAUGCAAGGUCAACUCUAAUCACCAUGGUCCAAGCUCUCAACCAUGCCAAACAUGGAGUUGACAUCCUAUCUGGCACCAGGGUAAUGACUCAUUUUGCAAGACCUAAUUGGAAAGAAGUGUUUACCAAGAUAGCUUCCAAGCAUCCAUUUUCGACAGUGGGGAUAUUCUACUGUGGGAUGCCAAUGUUAGCAAAGGAGCUGAAGAUGCUAUCACUUGAGCUCAGUCACAAGACAUCGACACACUUUGAAUUCCACAAGGAGUACUUUUAAAACUAGGAACUUACACAAAGAUGACACAGCUAUUCUUCUGUAAUCAUUCUGAUUAUCCAUAGAUGAAACUAAUCAUAUAUGUAUAAUGAUAGUAGCUCAGAAAGAUGUAAAUGCAAUUGUUUACCACACACACACACACAUUUAUAUAUAUAAAGAA